UCCUGUAAGGCACUAGGAAGCUUCCUGAGCUCGACUGGGGCAGCUUUAAGGGCAGCUGCACGCGCACGCACAGCCAUCGACGAUGCGAGGAGAAUGGUACCGACCCCCAGGAGAAUGGAUUUACUCGUCGUAUGGGCGUCCGACGAUGACUUUGGAGCACGGCGAGUCGUACGAGCCCAUUACAAUCGAGAUGCCCCCGGGCCACAUCUGUGGCGCCGAGGCCUCCCGUCAAAAUCAGGCGCGGGCUGCUGCCGAUGCCCAACCUCUCGUUCAGCCGCAUCAUGGAGGUUACCCAGACUCGCAGCACGCCAGGCCUCCCAUCGUGGAACCUCUCACGAACGAGACGCUGCGAGUCUGGAUAAGGCGCUGGUGCGGCGGCGACACACGUUUGCCGCACAUCUCGACGUGGGACACCUCCCAGGUCACGGACAUGCGGGGGUUGUUUGGCAGGACCGCGUUAAAUGAAAACGAUGACGUAGAGGACACAUCCUGUGUGCUUUUGGCAGACUUACCACUGUUCAACGACGACAUCAGCGCGUGGGAUACCUCGAGCGUAACUACGAUGGAUAAGAUGUUCAAAGGUCAAUCGGCAUUUAACCGCCCACUCGGCGCCUGGCGGGUCCACAACGUCACGAAUAUGCGCCACAUGUUUGAUGGCGCCUCGGCGUUCAACCAACCGCUGGGUGACUGGCAGGUCGACAAGGUCGAGGACAUGAUGUCCAUGUUCAGCGGCGCCUCGUCGUUCAACCACCCGAUCGGCGGCUGGCGGGUCCACAACGUCUGGAACAUGCGCGCGAUGUUCUUUGGCGCCGCGUCGUUUAACCAGCCGCUGGGCGACUGGCGGGUCCACAGGGUCCUAGAUAUGAAGUGGAUGUUUAAGGAUGCGAGAUCCUUCAACCAACCGCUCGGUGGCUGGUGGGUCCAGCAGGUCAGGACCAUGCAGGCGAUGUUCCAGGGCGCCGAGUCGAUGGUGGAGCCAAAUGUCCUCUACUCGGCCUUCAGAUGGUUCCGGCCGACCCGAGGUCGGCUCGCCGACCAGUGGUGGGCCGACAAGGAGGCCAUGGAGAAGGACAAAGAACGACCCAGAUGGCAACUCGGCGAUCCGUCCCCGGUAGCAGAAUUAUCCGAUGAGCGAUUUACGGGUGUCGUGGUGGCAUACGAGGUCAGAGAGGUUGAAUUAAGUGAUCCCGUUCAUAGGAGGUUCUACUCCGAGACACAAGGCGACACAAGGCGGAGGUUCUACUUCGUGCGGGGCGAGGACGGCGACAACUUGUUACUGCACGAGGCUUCCUUAGUGCAGCUCGGGGAGUUUCUCGCCGUCGGCGACCGGAUUAGCUACGCAGUCGGGCCGUCAAGAUUUAAAGCGGUAUACACACAUUACCGCCUCGAGUGCGCCGACGUCGCGCGCGCGCCGCGACCAGGCCCGCCCGACGCAUCUUCUAUCUGCGCCGCGGUGGUACUCCUCGGCGUUCUCAUGGCUUGCGACCAAUAUUACAAGAGCAAGUAAAUAACUAGUAGUCUUAGGAAGAGCAUCAG